CUGUAAGAAGUCCCGUGAUUAAAAUAUAUUAUUAAGUUACUUUUGUUGACAGCUCUUACCACGAAGUGUGAAAAGAAGAAUAUAAAUAUAAGCCUCCGAAUCAGACUUCCUCAGUGUUGGACACAUACGUGUAAGAUGCGGUUUCUAACGAGUCUCCUGGUCGCGUUGUUAGUCGGAUGUUGCUGGGCGCAAACUGUCGUCGACAAGAUCACUGACAAGAUUGGCGACGACGACGUUACGAACUUGACCGUCAUAGUGGUUUCUAAGACAGAAGGUGACAAGGGAAGCUCAGGGUCCGGCUCAGGCGGUCCAGAAUCUGCCGUUAAACCAGAUUUUAAACCAGAAAGCAUCGCACCAGUAGAUGCCGUGAAGUCAAGUAAAGGCCCCGAUGCUUCAACAGCCCCAAAGAAAGACGCCGGUACUGGGGACUCGAAGAGCGGAAAAUCCGGAAAACGUGGAAGAUUCGACGGUACAGAAGGAAGUGGGGUGGAUAAGCAAUGGGGCGAUCGCGGUAAUCGGUCUGGGAAACAGGGAAGAAAGGAUAAUUUUGGGCCGAAAUGGGUACAUGAUGCUCAAGGCGGUAACAGGAGCGAUGGUAACAACGGUAGCCGUGUUGGCGGUAGCAGAGGAAGCAACGGUGGCCGUGAUGGCGGUAGCGGAGGAAACAACGAUGGCCGUGAUGGCGGUAGCAGAGGAAGCAACGGUGGCCGUGAUGGCGGUAGCAGAGGAAACAACGGUGGCCGUGAUGGCGGUAGCGGAGGAAACAGCGGUGGCCGUGAUGGUGGUAGCGGAGGAAAUAACGGUGGCCGUGAUGGUGGUAGCGGAGGAAAUAACGGUGGCCGUGAUGGCGGUAGCGGAGGAAACAACGGUGGCCGUGAUGGCGGUAGCGGAGGAAACAACGGUGGCCGUGACUGUUGUAGCGGAGGAAACAACGGUGGUCGUGAUGGCGGUAGCGGAGGAAACAACGGUGGUCGUGAUAGUGGUAGCGGAGGAAAAAGUGGCGGUGGUCGCGGUGGCAACAACGGAGGAGGCGGUCGUGGUAGACGCCAGUCAAAGAGUGGGGGAAAUCAGGGUAUUGAAAACAGCGCGAGCAGCACUAACGAUGGUGGUCGUGACGGUGGUAGCGGAGGAAACAACGGUGGCCGUGAUGGUGGUAGCGGAGGAAACAACGGUGGUCGUGAAGGUGGUAGCGGAGGAAACAACGGUGGUCGUGAUGGCGGUAGCGGAGGAAACAACGGUGCCCGUGAUGGAGGUAGAAGAGGAAACAACGGUGGCCGUGAUGGCGGUAGCGGAGGAAACAACGGUGGCCGUGAUGGCGGUAGCGGAGGAAACAACGGCGGUCGUGAUGACGGUAGCGGAGGUAACAACGGUGGCCGUGAUGGCGGUAGAAGAGGAAACAACGGUGGUCGUGAUGGCGGUAGCGGAGGAAACAACGGUGGCCGUGAUGGUGGUAGUGGUGGUGGAAGUAGCGGUGGGAGAGGAUCUGGUUCCGGUCGUGGCAGGUGACAAUAAAUGCAGAGGCGCUGCAAUUUUUACAGUAUAAUAUACGUUUUCAGCAAUAUAUUUUGAGCGUUGUGUAAUGUAAUAUUGACAGUUGGUAAGCAAAAUAAACAAUUCAUUGUAUUACCGGUAUAAACUAUGUAUUAGAGUAUCUGAGCAUGUUGCACGAUAAAUAAAUAAUGCGUUAAGACA